CCCACACCAGGGUAAGCUUGAACUGUGAUCCUCCUGCCUCAGCUUUGCAGCUCAAACUGCAAAUUUGAGUUGGAACAAGAAUGACUCAGGAUGGCUUGCUUUCCAUUCGUCCACUGCAUGGUUUGGUGCGAGGGUGUCCCGCAGGCAGUGGCUCAGCUCUGCUGCCUGGUGACAGUCACUUUACAGCAAGGAAGAGGGAGGUGCAGUGCAGAGGAAGAGGGGGUCAGAGGUGCCUCGGGUGGGGGGGAAUGGCUCUGCUGCCUGCAGGUAGACAUCUGCCUGUCUGCUCCUCCUCGACAGUUUGGGCUCCUCCCUGCACCCACAGAGUUGUUUCUCGUCUUCCCACCCCCAGGCUUCCUCCCCUUUUCUCCCAUGUGCCAUCCUGGAGUUGUAUUCUGUUCUCUUUGUCCUGGUCCCUCCUCUGCAUCCCCCCGCAUGCCCUCUGUCACUCAGGGUCCACAAUCCUCCUCCAGGAACAUCGUCCUCCGCCUCACAUUGUCACGUCACAUGCCAACCUUCUGCAGAGCAAACGCCUUCAGCUUUUCCACUCUGCAGCCUCCAAAGCAGGGCUCUGCAUCCAGCGGAUCACACCAUGGUGCAGUGAUGUCAAGGGAUGAUGAUGAUUUUGAUGACAAGGAAACAGAAGAGAAAGGUCCAGUGAAGAAAUUUGCUGAUGCUACGGUUUACAUCUGCAAUGUCUCCUAGAAGGUCCACGUGUUCAGAGGUGCGGCUUUCAGAAGAUGUCACACUCUCGUGGCCUCCCCCUAGAAGCACCCGAAUCCUGUCUCACUCCAGCAAGGGUAGUGGGCCUCGGGACAAACUGAAAAGGUGAGCUUCGGGUCAAGAUGGAGGGCUUGUUUCCAAGAGUAGAGCAAUGGGAAGCUUGGACUGUAGCAGCUGGAGCAAACGGCGGCUCUGGUACUUGUGAUUCCUGCUGGAAGGCUGCCCGGGGCUUGGUCUGCAACAGGAGGAAAACAGAGCGAAGGGUGGGGAUCAGGCCACCCGGAGAACAGAGGGGAGACUGGGGCUGUGAGCCAGGUUCUGUGAGGCUCCAUCUCCCCCGCACGCCAUUCCAGCAAGCCACGCAAUCCCUUCCCUCUCUGGAACAGAGACCAUUUGGGGAGCAGCGUGCUUACACCUGACCUUGCUUCGCGGUGAUGGAUCCUCAGCUAGUUCCCAGGGGACUCAGUGGCUGCAGCUGGCAGCUGCACCCCUCCGGAGAAGUGCCUGGGAAGACAAGACCCACACAUCUCAGGGAGCGUGAGGCAGCCUGGCAGCGUGAACUUCACACUGAGGUGUCACCAGCAUCCUGCGAACUGUGAAUGCUGGGUGCAGCACAAACCUUCAUGGAGUUUACAUUCCGGAGAGCAGGAGCUGAGUUCUGUACAGGAGUGUGUGGGCUUCCCCGAAGAAGGGGAGAGCUGGUCCUGCAUUUGGUUGGGGUCUCCCUCAGAUGGAGGUUCUCUGGAACCCCUGGCCAGCCUCUCCCUGGACAGUCUCGGACUCGUGAGGAGCUUGACCGGCCUCUGGAUGGAUAGGAGAGUGUGGGAGCCCCACAGGGGCACCGUGGGAGGCCACGAGGAAGGGGAGGUCAGGUUCCUAACACUCCUGGGUUCCGAGCUCAUGUUUCUAUCUAAACCUCAGCUCUACUGUUGCACACUUGUGAACCCUGAGGCUUCUGCAUAGCCACCUUGGGACCAACCAUGCUUCCCCAGUGAGGGACGAUGAAGAUGCAAGGAGCAGGACAAACAGCCUUGGUAGGCCUGGCCCGUCGGGGAACAGUGCUCACCACAGUGCACCCAGGAUAUGUACCAUCUGCACAGGACACCCAAUUGGCCUCAGCACUUAUUAGGCACCUGCUGUGUACUGGAGCCCACAAUCCACACUUAAAGUUAAGUUCCUAGUUGUGGUGGUAGUGGCAGUAGUAGUAAUCUUAAUAAUAGUAGCACUAGUAGUAAAUGUAUACCUGAGCAUGAAAACAGACAUGGAGGAAGCAGAAGGCGCUGUCUGUUCCAUGUAGCCCUGAGCCAUGUUCUGUGCAUUAAUAAACACUGAGCGGGAAAAAUAGCACUCUUUCUUUCCUGCUGUCAUUUCAGCCUGUGUCACUCCUAUUCCGGGUACUAUAGUGGUCAAGGAAUAGAACACAGAGACUUCCAUAAGGUUUGAGCUGUAUCCUUGGCUCCUGAACUCUAGCCCUGGGCUCAGUCCUGGGCCUAGGGGACUGUGGCCUGCAGUAGGACUUGGUAACACUGACCCCUUCUCAGGAACUGUUGAAUAACAAG